AUGUCUCUUUCAAGUAAGUUGACUUUGGACAAACUAGAUGUUAAAGGGAAGCGGGUCCUCAUGAGAGUCGACUUUAACGUUCCCAUGAAGCAAAACAAGGUUACAAGCAACCAGAGAAUCAGGGCUGCCAUCCCAAGCAUCAAGUACUGCCUAGAUAACGGAGCCAAGUCAGUAGUUCUUAUGAGCCAUCUCGGCCGACCUGAUGGUGUUCCUAUGCCUAACAAAUACAGUCUAGAGCCUGUUGCCGCUGAGCUUAAGUCCUUGCUCGGCAAAGAUGUUCUGUUUCUCCAAGACUGUGUAGGCGCAGAGGUGGAAAAUGCCUGUGCCAACCCAGCUGCUGGUUCAGUCAUCCUGCUGGAGAAUCUACGCUUUCAUGUGGAAGAAGAAGGGAAAGGGCAAGACACUACGGGAAAGAAGAUUAAGGCUGAUCCAGCUCAAGUAGACGCUUUCUGUGCUUCGCUCUCCAAACUGGGGGAUGUUUAUGUCAAUGAUGCAUUUGGCACGGCUCACAGGGCACAUAGUUCCAUGGUGGGAUUGAAUCUACCCCAGAAAGCAUGUGGAUUUCUGAUGAAAAAAGAGCUCGAUUACUUUGCAAAAGCCUUGGAACACCCAGAGAGACCUUUUCUGGCCAUUCUUGGAGGAGCCAAAGUGGAAGACAAGAUCCAACUCAUCAAAAAUUUGUUGGACAAGGUCAAUGAGAUGAUUAUUGGUGGUGGGAUGGCUUAUACCUUCCUUAAGGUACUCAACAACAUGGAGAUUGGUCAUUCCUUGUUUGAUGAAGAAGGAGCCAAGAUUGUCCCAGAUAUCAUGUCCAAAGCCAAGAAUAAUGGUGUGAAAAUCACCUUUCCUGUGGACUUUGUCACUGCUGACCAGUUUGAUGAGAACGCCAAAGUUGGGCAUGCCACUGUGCAAUCUGGCAUCCCAGCUAGCUGGAUGGGCUUGGACUGUGGUCCUGAGAGCAACAAAAACUUUGCUGCAGUUGUGGCCACAGCCAAGCUAAUUGUGUGGAAUGGACCUCUUGGGGUAUUUGAAUGGAGUGCUUUUUCUCAGGGAACAAAAACACUCAUGGAUGAACUUGUGAAAGCUACUUCCAAGGGCUGCAUCACCAUAAUAGGUGGUGGAGACACUGCCACUUGCUGUGCCAAAUGGAACACUGAAGAUAAAGUCAGUCAUGUGAGCACUGGAGGGGGUGCCAGUCUGGAACUUCUGGAAGGUAAAGUCCUUCCAGGUGUGGAUGCCCUUAGCAACGUGUAA